GCUGGGCGAGGAGGGUUCGAAGAUGCCCCGCGCGUUCCUGGUGAAGAAGCCGUGCGUCUCCACGUGCAAGAGGAACUGGAGCGAGCUCCCCGACGAGGAGCGCGGCGAGAUCUACGUGCCAGUCAGUCUGGGCUUUUGCCCCCCACAGCCCUACCGGGAGCCAGAGCCAUCGGUGGCUGAGCCCCCGUCUUGCCCCCUGGUUUUGGACAUGAGCCUUCGGGACUCCGGCUAUGGUGUGGCCCCAGGGCCCUGCGUGGUGGCCCAGCUGCCCUCCGAAGACACGAGUCGUUUGGCAGAGCGCCAGAGCAGAGACCACGGCUUUCUGCGCACCAAAAUGAAGGUGACCCUGGGGGACAGUCCCAGUGGAGACCUCUUCACCUGCCACAUCUGCCAGAAGGCCUUCACCUACCAGCGCAUGCUGAACCGCCACAUGAAGUGUCACAACGACGUCAAGAGGCACCUGUGCACCUACUGCGGGAAAGGCUUCAAUGACACGUUCGACCUGAAGAGGCACGUCCGCACCCACACCGGUGUGCGGCCCUACAAAUGCAGCCUGUGCGACAAGGCCUUCACGCAGCGCUGCUCGCUGGAGUCCCAUCUCAAGAAGAUCCACGGUGUGCAGCAGAAGUACGCGUACAAGGAGCGGCGGGCCAAGCUGUACGUGUGUGAGGAGUGCGGCUGCACGUCCGAGAGCCAGGAGGGCCACGUCCUGCAUCUGAAGGAGCACCACCCCGACAGCCCGCUGCUGCGCAAGACCUCCAAGAAGGUGGCCGUAGCCCUGCAGAACACCGUCACCUCCCUGCUCCAGAGCAACCACCACCUCUGAGCGGCCCCGCCCGGCCUGGGUCGCCUGCCCGCUGCCCGGCGGUGACCGGGCCUAGAGCCCCCUGAGGCUCACAUGUCCGCUCAGGCCUGGCGCUGAUCUCUGCUCACGUUUGCCUUUUUGUCUGAGGGGCAGAGGCCACUCUGAGCCCGGACCAACGUGGGCGAGGCCCAGGGUGCCUUCCCCGUGAAGCAGCCCGCCUACGGUGAGAAGACUUCCUUCCCAGAGGACAGAUGGGGAUGCUCGGCGGCCAUGCUCCUC